AUGUUAUUGUUUACACCUUCAUCUCGAAAUCAAAUUAGAAAAUCUAUAUCUCAUAAAACGGAUAAAUCAUCUACAUCAUCAAAUUCAAAUAAAACAACAGAAACUAGAAAUAAAAGAUCAUCAUUAUCAUUUUAUUUAUUUGAUUCGAUUUUUUCACAUUCAGUAACAAAACCUUUGACAACUAAUACAAAAUAUGAACAAUCACCUAAACGUUCUUUGUCAUCAUCAAGUACACGAUCAUCUUUAACAUCAAAUAUUCAAUUACCUGAACAAACAUCUUGUUCAUAUAAUUAUAAUGUAAAAAAAGAUGAAUAUGUUCAACUAUUAAAUACGAAUAAAGAUAAUCAUUAA